GCAGGCUGCCCCAUGUGUUAGCUCACCGCUAGCCUCAAUGCUAUUAUUGUACUCAUCCGACACAAUCAAAUAAAACACAAGACUUUUGAAAUAACACCAGUAUCGUUUGCCAUUAAUAAAAAUGGCAGCGAUCUCAGUACCAGAAAAUAUAAGAGCUUUUCUGCUGGACAUUGAAGGAACCACGACGCCCAUCACGUUUGUUAAGGACAUAUUAUUUCCUUACAUUAGAGAGAAUCUGGAGGCUUAUCUGUCUGCACAUUGGGAGGAAGAUGAAUGCAAACAGGACGUACAUCUGCUCAAAAAACAGGCUGAAGAAGACCUGCGGCAAAAUAAAGCAUGUCCAGUUCAUGCAGUUGACCAGACUGUACACACAGAUGAGGAGAAGGCAAUCCGUGAGGUUGUGGAUAGUGUGCUCUGGGAGAUGGCUGCAGACAGAAAAACUACUGCACUCAAACAGUUGCAAGGCCACAUGUGGAGAGCAGCCUAUCUGAUGGGGAAAAUUAAAGGCGAGGUGUACCCAGACGUGGUACCAUCCAUCAGACAGUGGAGGCAUCAUGGUCUGCAGAUCUACAUCUACUCCUCAGGAAGUGUGGAGGCACAGAAGCUACUGUUUCGCUAUUCUGUUGAAGGCAAUCUAUUAGAUCUGGUUGAUGGUCACUUUGACACUAACAUUGGUGCCAAAGUUGAAAGCAAAAGCUAUGAAAACAUUGUAGAGAAGAUUGGCUGCCAACCAGAUGAGAUCAUGUUCUUAACCGAUGUCACACGAGAGGCGAAGGCAGCAGAGGAUGCUGGGAUGAAUGUGGCAGUAGUAGUACGACCUGGUAACAUGGAGUUAACUGAAGAGGAAAGGAACAAGUAUAGGAUCAUCACAUCUUUCAACCAGUUGGAACUGAGUGGAAAUGUUUGACAAAAUGAACUUUGGUUAUGACAUUGGGUUAUUAGUGAAAGCCCAAUUAGGUGUAAUGGUUGUUUGUUUCUGUUCUAUUGAACUUAAACCCCAAGGUUUCCAAGUGCUUGUAUUUUUUACACUGAAAUCCAACUUUGCAUUGUAGUGUAUCAACAAUCAUGAAAUGUUUUAUGUGCAACAUUAAUAUGUAGCAUGUGAAAUAAUUAUGUUGGGAUACUUUGUCUGUACCCUCCAUACAUUUUACGUACAUUUCUAGUAUUUGAUGUAAUUGUACCUUUCCCACAACAUACAAACGUACUGUCCUUAUUAAAUGUUAAAUACACCAAAAGUA